UAUUCAUUGUCUUGUAUAUAUUAUCCUAGACCGGAUCCCGACCAUUCGUCAAGGUGCAACAUACUCUACAUCAAAAUCUGGACAAGGUUUAGCACUCGGAUUUACGAGCACAUCGGCUUGAUCAAGACUCGGACAUAAGCAAGUUUUCGCUGGAGAGAGAGCAUACACAUCAGCAUCGAAAGUGUACCUGAAAGAAUACAGAACAGAUUCAAACCCACAUUUUCCAAAAAGGCAAAAAAGAACGCACACAAUCGACCACGCCGCUUCUACACAACCAUGGCUCCUCCCGAUCCUCCAAAGCAGCAAUUCUCAGGCGAACAAUCCCUCACCGAACCCAACAUCUACGUCUCCCUCACCUACGACCCUCUCGACGCAACCGCACAAAUGGCUCGCGUCAAAAGUCCCCAAGCGGGAGCAGUCGUGCUCUUCGCAGGAACAACCCGCUCCCACUUCUCCCCCUCCCGUCCCAUAACCCACCUAUCCUACACCACCUACCCCUCCCUCGCCCUCCGCACUCUCCUCCGCCUCUCCACCUCCAUCCUCACCUCGCAUUCCCUCACGUCCAUCGCGAUCACCCACCGUCUGGGUCGGGUGGAUAUCGGCGAGGAGUCGAUUUUGAUCGCGGUGAGUGCGCCGCAUCGACGGGAGGCGUGGAGGGGUGGCGAGGAGGCGUUGGAGAGGGUUAAGGGCGAGGUGGAGGUUUGGAAGGAGGAGUGGUUUGAGGAUGGGGGGGUUUGGAGAGCUAAUCGGGAUGGGGGGGUGGGGGUGGAGGUUAGGAGGGGUAGUGGGAGUGGGAGUGGGGGGACCAACGGUAGUGGUGGCAGUGGGAAGGGGAGUGGAGGCAGUGGGGCGAGGAAGGGGAGUGAUGCGCGGAAGAAGGAGUUGCCGGAGGUGGGCAUUCGGAAAAGAGGCACGGGGGAGUUUUCGGAGGGUGGUUUGGAAUUCUGA